GUUACAAAGUGAGGUUGAGGACAAAUUCAUUAGAUUCCGAUUUCCAAUAACCAAGAAUGUGUAUAGCAGCAAAUCCUAAAUCUAGAGAGAAGAUAAACCCUUUUGUUGUUCAAAUCCUAAAUUUCUUCUCCUUCUUAGUUUUAACCAUCUUUAUUUGCUUCAAUGGACUUUGAAGAAGAAAUUAAUCUUCACAAGAAAGAAGAAGAAGAAGCCCUUUACGACUCUCCUCCUCUUCCUCCACCGUCUCGCGUCCUCAAGGCCUCCACUGAAAGCCCUGACACCGCCGGAGGAUAUAUGGUGGUUCACGGAGGUUCUUCCCUCGGAGGGGGAAGCAGGUUUAGGUUCCGUGAGUGUCUAAAGAACCAAGCGGUGAACAUAGGAGGACACGCGGUGGAUGGUUGUGGUGACUUUAUGCCAGCUGGAAUCGAAGGUACCAUCGAAGCCCUAAAAUGCGCCGCUUGUGGCUGUCACCGUAACUUUCACCGCAAGGAAUCGCUUUACUUCCACCAACACCACGCGUCGCCUCCUCCACCGCCGGGAUUUUACAGUCUUCCAGCUCCGGUGAGUUACCGACCACCACCGUCACAAGCUCCUCCUCUCCAGGUCGCUCUUCCUCAAAGAGAGAGGUCAGAAGAUCGAAUGGAGACUUCUUCAGCGGAGGCAGGAGGAUUUAGGAAGAGGUUUAGAACUAAAUUCACGGCAGAGCAGAAGGAGAGGAUGUUAGGUUUAGCUGAGAGGAUUGGAUGGAGGAUGCAAAGACGAGAUGAUGAAGUGAUUCAAAGUUUUUGCCAAGAGACUGGUGUUCCGAGACAAGUUCUUAAGGUUUGGUUACAUAACAACAAACACACUCUUGGUAAGUCGUCGUCACCACCAGUUGUUCAUCAUCAUCAGAACCCAACUCUUCCUCCACAUGAGUCUUCGUCGUUUCAUCAUGAACAAGACCAACCAUGAAUCAUUCAUGAUUUUCUUCUAGGGUUUUAAGUUAGCUAAUAAAUUACUCAAGAUAUUUAAGAAGUUUUUAUUGUUUAAUUUAUGUACUCAUUUUCGUCUU